GCGGGAUUGCAGUGUUCCCCGGGCUGUAGACCCUGCCCUGAAUCCGACACUGGGACGCCUCGCCCUCUCGUGGCACCUGUUGCAGGUGACAGAUGUGUCCCUUGUAAAAUGGCACCAUAGCUGAAUUUUUAAAUUUUAUCCAGUCUGUUAAUCUCUAUUUUAAAGGGCAACUCUGGUAGCUCUCCUAGUCUGGUCGCUUUGAAGAAAGAAGAAUAGAAGAAAAAAAUAGAAUUAGUCAUGUCAGAGAUGCUUGACCUCUCUUUUCUGUCUGAGAUGGAAAGGGAUUCGAUCCUGAAUGUUGUACAGCGAGAUGAGGAGCUCCAGAAAGCAGAUGAGAAAAGGAUUAGGCGAUUGAAGAAUGAGUUACUGGAGAUUAAGAGGAAGGGCGCCAAGAGAGGCAGCCAACACUAUAGCGAUCGGACCUGUGCCCGAUGCCAGGAGGACCUGGGCCGUUUGACUCCUAAGACCAACACUUGUCGGGGUUGCAAUCACCUGGUGUGCCGGGACUGCCGUAUCUAUGAAAGCCGUGGGACCUGGAGGUGCAAGGUGUGCGAAAAAGAGAUAGAGCUGAAGAAGGCAACUGGAGACUGGUUCUAUGACCAGAAAGUGAAUCGCUUUGCUUACCGCACAGGCAGUGAGAUAAUCAGGAUGUCCCUGCGCUGCAAACCUGCAGUGAAUAAAAGAGAGACUGUAGGACAGUCCAUACUUCAUCAGUCACAGAUGAGUGAUGUCUGGCCAGGAAGAAAGAUCAUUCAGGAGCAAAAGAAGGAGCCUAGUGUGCCGUUUGAAGUGCCCAAGCUGAAAAGUGGAAAGAGUGCACUGGAGGCUGAGAGUGAGAGUCUAGAUAGCUACAUGGCUGACUCAGAUCUCAGGAGAGACUCUCUGGAUAAAUCUGGCCUCUUUCCAGAAUGGAAGAAGAUGUCUGCUCCCAAAUCUCAAGCAGAAAAGGAAACUCAUUCUGGAGGUCAAAAUGUGGUAUCUGUCGAUGAGGGUGAAAUGAUAUUCAAGAAGAACACCAGAAAAAUCUUCAGGCCUUCAGAAUAUACUAAAUCUGUGAUUGAUCUUCGCCCGGAAGAUGUGGGGCAUGAAAGUAGCUCCUUGGGAGACAGAAGCAAAUCUGUCCCUGGUCUCAGUGUGGAUAUGGAAGAGGAAGAGGAGGAAGAAGAAGAAGACAUUGACCACCUGGUGAAGCUGCAUCGCCAGAAACUAGCUAGAAGCAGCCUUCGAAGUGGCUCCUCCAUGAGUACAAUAGGCAGCACGAUGAGCAUCUAUAGUGAAGCUGGCGAUUUCGGGAACAUCUCUGUUACUGGCAAGAUUGCCUUUUCCCUGAAGUAUGAGCAGCAAACACAGACUUUGGUCAUCCACGUGAAGGAGUGCCAACAGCUGGCUUAUGCCGAUGAAGCCAAGAAGCGCUCUAAUCCAUAUGUGAAGACUUAUCUACUGCCUGACAAGUCCCGGCAAGGAAAAAGAAAAACCAGUAUCAAGCGGGACACCAUAAAUCCACUAUACAAUGAGAUCUUCAGAUAUGAGAUCCCAGAAUCUCUCCUGGCCCAGAGGACGUUGCAGUUCUCAGUUUGGCAUCAUGGUCGUUUUGGUAGAAACACUUUUCUUGGAGAGGCAGAUGUCCAGAUGGAUUCCUGGAAGCUUGAUAAGAAACUGGAUCAUUGCCUCCCUUUGCAUGGAAAGAUCAGUGCUGAGUCCGUGAGUGGCUUGCUAUCACACAAAGGCGAGUUGGUGGUUUCACUGAAAUACAUCCCAGCCUCCAAACUCCCUGCUGGAAGUGACCGGAAAAAGAGUAAAGGUGGGGAAGGGGGAGAGCUCCAGGUAUGGAUCAAAGAAGCCAAGAACCUGACGGCUGCCAAAUCAGGAGGGACUUCAGACAGCUUUGUCAAAGGAUACCUCCUUCCCAUAAGGAACAAGGCCAGUAAGCGCAAAACUCCUGUGAUGAAGAAGACUCUGAAUCCCCACUACAACCAUACGUUUGUCUACAAUGGUGUGAGGCUGGAAGAUCUACAACACAUUUGCCUGGAACUGACUGUGUGGGACCGGGAGCCCCUGGCCAGCAAUGACUUCCUGGGAGGGGUCAGGCUGGGCGUUGGCACUGGAAUCAGUAAUGGAGAAGUGGUGGACUGGAUGGACUCGACUGGGGAAGAAGUGAGCCUAUGGCAGAAGAUGCGACAGUACCCAGGGUCUUGGGUGGAAGGGACUCUGCAGCUCCGUUCCUCAAUGGCCAAGUAGAAGCUGGGCUUAUGAGUCCCUGCCCUUCUCUGCAGGCCCAGACCUGGCCAAGGCAAGUCAGAGGAAGUGGAGAGACCAAGAGUAAAGGUUUAUAAUUUAAUAUGUGUGUGUUAUGUCUGUGUGUACAAGCAUGUAUUUCUACAAAUCUCAUUAUGCUAGAGUGUUGUAGACGUGUCCUCCUUUUGAAAGCAGGCUCAAGAAUAAGGGUCUCUUCAAAAUAUUCUUAUUUGUGUAUAAUCUACUAUACUUGCAGAGUCCAUUCUUGCUUAUAUCUUUCUGAGGUUUAAUUAACUUAUAAAAUAUUGUAAAAUAACAUUUUAUCUCCUGUCUUAUUACCCUUGUUCCUACCUCCCCAGGAAGCCCUGGCUACCUCUAGCAUUAUUACCAAUCUGUGUUUAAAUGUGUUCCUGGUUUGAGGCCAAGUCUCUGGGAAGCAGGGUUGGGUUACUAAAGACAGGAGAAGAUGGUAGAAAGGCGAGAAGGUCCUCUCCUUCCUCUCUAUGCUUUUAACUCAUUUUCUACCUUGACAAAUUUCUGGAACUUAGCUUUUAACUCCUCUUGUUUUUUAAGCAGUUUCCACCUUGCUUGAGUCUAAUGGUUUUUGUGAAAUUGUAAGAAAAUUCUUCAAUUCCUUGUGGUUCUAGACACCUUCACUAUACCUUAUAAUGGAGCUGCUUUAAAAAAGCACUUUUAUUAAAUAAUAGCCUUUUGACCAAGUCAUGGACACGCCCAGCAAGUACUUCUUGGUGGUUCCAGAGGACCAGAGUAACUGAGGCUGAAGUUUCUUCCAGUCUGUGUUGAAUUCUUUGCAUUUAAACUGAUACAACAGUUGUUGGACAGCUCAUUUCUCUAAUGAAAGGCAAAGACAUCUUCACUGUCAACAUGUACCACAUCUUUCUCAGCGUUUGUGUCCACAGUCUUUUGCUGCACAGAAUGUGGUCUACAUACCAUUAUGUCCACCAGAAUAGCCAAGUACUAUCUAAACUGGCCCUGUGUUUCUCUAGGCUGGGCACUGUUAGUGCUCCAAGGGAAUGUGUUCAGAUAAUCUCCCAGUUACUCUGACUUUCUUCUUGAAGUGGUUUCGGUUCUUAUUUUUUUCUAUUGUUUCCUAAACUUGACCUAGAUGUAACAUGGGACUGGUGCAUUGAGGCCUUUCUAAGAAGGGUCUUACCGACCUAAGGUUCAUUUUCUGAAACUCACUCUUCCACACUGACCUUUUUAUUCUUCUACAUGUAUCUACACAAAGUCAUUUGUGAAAAGAGUCUAUAGCGGAGAAGAAAUUCCUGUCUGUCCGGUCAUCUGCCUGCUGACUCUCCUAUUAAGGCCACUGGGUUGAGGGAAGCAAAGGUGGUUUCUGUUGUAUGUGUGAACCGAAUGGAGGAGUGUCUUUUAAAGGUUUAUUUGGUGUGGAUCGAUAUUGGAAUGGAAGGCAUAACUUGGGAUACUGGGCUGUACCUGGCUACUUUGUUCUCCACCCCCUGCAAUGUACUUGUCCUUCAAUAAAGUGUUCUUACUUCUUGUUAA